AUGGCCACGCGACUCAGCCCCCGAAAUUCGGAGGUGAACGCUCUUGAGCAGCGAGGCUAUCUGAUUGGCAAAAAGAUUGGACAGGGUUCGUACGCGACCGUGCACCUGGCCGAGUACGUGGACGGGACCAGCUCCAAGAAACUACGGUUAGCCUGUAAGAUAUUCGACAAAGAGAAAGCACCCCGUGAUUUCCUCAACAAGUUUUUCCCCCGCGAACUCGAGAUCCUUACAAAAAUUGAAAAUCCUCAUAUCAUUCAAGUGCACAGUAUAUUGCAGCGUGGCCCGAGGGUCUUCAUCUUCAUGCGUUGCGCCGACAAUGGCGACCUGCUGGACUUCGUGAAAAAGAACGGCGUCGUGCCGGAACAGCAAUCGAAGCUUUGGUUCAGACAGAUGGCAUCCGGCCUCUAUUAUCUCCACGGGAAGAACAUCGCCCACCGUGACCUCAAGUGCGAGAACAUCCUUCUAUCCAGGAAGUUCAACGUCAAACUGGCGGACUUUGGAUUCGCGAGGUUUUGCGUCGACCACGACGGCAGACGCGUCCUCAGCGAGACUUAUUGCGGCUCCGCGGCCUACGCUGCACCGGAAGUCGUAUCCGGCACCCCCUACAACCCGAAGCUGGCGGACGUCUGGUCCCUAGGGAUCAUUCUGUUCAUCAUGCUGAACGCCUCUAUGCCUUUCGACGACACGAAUCUCAAGAAACUGUUGAAGGACCAGAUGUCGAGGAACUGGAUGUUCCGCUCGCGAGUACGGGGGGUAGUGUCCGCGCUGGCAAAGAGCAUCGUCAAGCACAUCCUAGAACCGGACAUCACCCUGAGGCUGACUCUGGAAAGGGUCCUGGGUCACGAGUGGGUGCGCACCAAGAAAGAAAAACCCGGUCCACUUGCUGGACGACUCGUGCACUCUGCACCCCCUAUUCAUCCGCAGGUAUGCGGAGGCGGAGGUGGUGGAAACAUGGUUGGAGCGGGCGCAGCGGGUGGUUGCAACGCCCCCGUGGUAUCGAGAGGGCUGCCGUCGUUCAAGAAUUCCGAGAAUAAGAAUCAGGGCAGCGGCGUGAAGUCCAUGGACAAUUCGGGGAAAAACACGUUGUGCGCCGUCGAGUGA